AUGGAUGAUGCCCUGCGGAAAUUACUUACUGGCCCGGAGUCCAACCCCUUCGGCCAGAUCGUUGUGGGCGUUCUGUCAUGCCGCUGGUUGGUCUACAUCUUGGCUGUGGUCCUCCGAAUUGGACUUAUCGGCUACAGCUGCUACCAUGACUGGUUCUGUAAGUGUCUUAUUGUCUGGUGUAAUGGUUUAGUCGAGGUGAAAUUCACGGAUGUGGACUACCGUGUCUUCACGGACGCCGCACGUCUGCUGCUGAGCGGCCAAUCGCCUUACCUUCGUCACACUUACCGCUACACGCCGCUAUUGGCACUCUUGAUGGUCCCUAAUGUGGUCAUAUGCGAUUUGUUCGGGAAGGCGUUUUUCUGCAUUUUCGACGUGCUGACGGCCUACAUGUUGGAGAAAUGCGCGACUACUGGAAACUCCCUAGUGCCAUCCAUUUGGCUGUUCAACCCGUUCGUGGUUGUCAUAUCUUCUCGCGGCAAUGCUGACUGCGUGAUCUGCUUCCUGGUUGUGGCUGCCCUUUACUACAUAAAGCAGGAGAAGAUCAUCACGAGUGCAAUAUUCUUCGGUCUCGCCGUCCACUUCAAGCUCUACCCUGUCGUCUACUUCUUGCCUUUCAUUUUGCACUUGUCGCACGCCAGCGCGGCCCGUGAAGCCUUGACUGGAAACUGGCUCGUCAAAUCGAUUCGCACUGUGAAGAAUGGUUUGAACCUAAACCAGCUGAAGUUCGCUGCUGUGAGCUUCGCCGUGUUCGCGUCGACCAGCCUUGUGUGCUACUACUUCUGCGGCUUCGACUUCGUGUACGAGACCUACCUUUACCACUACAUCCGCAAGGACCACCGCCACAACUUCUCCGUUUACUUCAACUACAUGUACCACAUGGUCGACUCCGAUAGUGAGCUGAACCCGGUCCUGUCGUUCAUCCCCCAGAUGGUGUGCGUGUUUGUUUACGGCCUUUUGGGUUUCUGGGACCUUGAGUUGUCGAUGUUCUUGCAGACCUUGUCGUUCGUGGCCCUGAACAAGGUCGUCACGUGCCAGUACUACCUGUGGUGGAUGUGCCUGCUCCCCUUGGUGCUGUCCAAGUUGUCGUUCGAGCGCAAGGCGGUCAUGAUCCAGGGCGCCGCCAUUGUAAGUUUCGUAGGAUCGAACCUCCUGUGGCUCUUCUUCGCGUACUGCUUGGAGAUGCUGGGUUACAACACCUUUGCUAUGUUGCUGUGUUCGUCAGUCUUCUUUGUUUUUGCUCAGAUGGCUAUUGGCUGGGCGUUUUUGGAGACCAAGGCUCCUGAGGGCGUUCAGAAGCAGGAAGCUUGA